UCGAAAAAACUUGAAAUCGUAAACAAAAUACAGUUGAACUAUGCAUAAAAAUGGAUUUAUAUACAUGAAGGUGUGUUAAUAAAAGUUAAAAUACGUAUAAAUGAAGAAAAAUUAACACGAAUUAAAAGAGCGGAAAAUUUGAUUAUUUAAUUUACAGUGUGCAGUGAUUCGAUUCUACUGAAAUAUUCUAGCCUUCAUGAAAACAAAAUAAUUGACAGAAAUUGGUUUACAAUUACUAGUGCAUGAGCGCGCAAGAUUUAUAGAAAUAUUUGACUGAAAUUUGUCAUCGCACAUCGGAACGAAUGACAUAAAUUCAUGCUUAACUGGGAUAAUUUUUAUCUCAUUAAAACUUUGUUUAAUUAAUUUAUUUUUUAUUGGCUUCAUUUCAUUUGCCAUUAAAAAACGGCUAAAUCAUGAUCGCCAUUGGCCAUCAAUUAUACAAUUAUUUCCAUUUGUUGAGAAAUAUGCUAUUGCUUUUGCUGCUUCUACAGCUACCGCUUUUGGCUAAUGCACAUUUUAUUCAGAUCGAUAACACUGCUUUUCGCACAAGCUAUUUUCCUCAGUGGCCAAUUGAAUCCCCAUCGCAUGGAGCAGAGAAAAUACCACGGAAUCUGGGAAUGAGAAAACUGUCACCAGCUGAACUUAUGACUGAUUUAACCAACGACCUUGCAUACCGCAUCCUUCACUAUCAUUCUAUACUCAAUAGAAACAACUUUGCCUUUUCUCCUACUGCAUUGAUGAGUGUACUGAUAGCAUUGUAUGAGGGUUCGGCAGGGCGUAGUGCUUUGGAGUUGCACAAGGUGUUGAUGCUACCGAGUAGUCGAGAUGUUAUUCGUAUAGGCUAUCGUGAUAUUCAUCGUAGAUUACGGACUUACUUUUUUGGAUCUGAAAACCCUCUCAAAGGACUGAGCCUCAAUAAGGAUAACGUCACCAUUGCGCACAAUUACGAAACUUUGCUCUUAUUUUAUGGAUAUGAUUUGGGAAUGGAUAUGAUUUCGUCUACAGUAUCUAAGCCAAUACCUUCAACUACCGUCCGUGAAAUAACGGAUGAAACUACAAUGACAGCAACAACAAGUGUUCCAAAAAUUGAAACGACUUUAAGCUCACCCACAGAGAGCAGUAUAGAAAAUGUGUCCCAAAUUAAUCAAAGCGCCGUAACCACAAUAAAACCAAACAUCACAACCACACCUGCAAUACGUACUGUACUUACAGAUAUCACAACUACAGCAACUACAGUUAAUACUACAUUUCAAAGUACAACUACUGAUCCAGAAACACCAGUACCAGAUAAUAUCACCGUAGAACCAGAGCCUUUAAAAAUAACCACAGACGAAAUUACUGCGGAAGUAAAUGAAGAUAUGACAACAUCAGCUUCCGCACCUGCUACAGAGAACAGCAUUGAUGCAGCCGAACUUGUAGCUGCAUCACCCAUUGAACUCAAUUCAACUCCAUUUCAGAGAUUACAGAAGUCGCGACCAAUACAGCAGCCAAGCGCCAAAUUGCAAGCCCCACUAUCAACUAUUUCUAAACCGAAACAUAUCUAUUUACCGCAGCACACACGAUCUCGCAGUGGUCGACACAAACGCAACUCCAUACCCUUUAAAGGGAGCGAGUCAAACCUUUUUGUUACACUUUUCAGCCCGCAUCACCAAUUUCAGCAUAAUUUAUAUAAAGCACCGAUCUCAUUUGAACAAUUAACAAAGGGACAUGAUGUCGAUACUUUGGACGAAGGACUUCUAAAUGUUGCAAAUACCAAAACGAGUUAUAGUUACAGUACAGAUGUCAUCAGUCAUCUGUUCUACUUGGGAAACCAGCAAGUGGUUCAUACAACAUUUAAAGUUUAUAAUGCAGUUCUUUAUUUCAAAUACUUUGAUGAUUUAAAGAUGAGUGCUCUUGAACUAGAAUUAGAUACACCUGACUACAAUUUGAUCAUUUUGCUACCAGAUUCUCCAACAGAAUUGGCAUCUACUACAGCUUCUCUUAGCCUGGCCCCUUCGUUACGUCUAAUGAGAAAACAAUUAAAACCAAGAUGGGUCCAAGCGGUUAUACCAGAUUUUAAAUUGCAUGGAAUCAUUUUUCUUACAAAUGAUCUUCAAAACAUGGGUGUAUGUGAUUUAUUUGAGCCUAAUCGUGCUGAUUUUCGUCCAAUGACUGAGGAGAAGGGUAUUUAUGCCAAACACAUUGAGCAAUCAAUCAAUGUAAAUAUACGCACGCACCCAAUAAAUCAAUUGAAGCGUAACUAUGGGUCACAAACACAACCCAUUCAGAUAUCCGUAAACCAUCCAUUCCUCUUUUUCGUAAUUGAUCGUGAUCUUGAUAUUGCGGUAAUGGCGGGCCGAAUAUUAAAUCCUUUGAAUGUUCGCAUUCAGUAGUUCUUGUAAAAAACAUGAAAAAAUUUAUACAUUUAAAUUAACGAUUGAAGAAAGAUGGUUUGCACCAUUUUCACCUCUGUUAUGGCUUAUCUGUUCUCAAGAUCCCUAAAUACAUACAUAUAUCAAAAGAAAAGUGAGCGGAAGGAGGAACACAUAUUAUAGAGAUUCCAGUUUAUUCAUUUAAACACAGGACGAGCGAAGGUAGCCGGUGGAUUAUACUGAUAUUAUGUCUGUGUGCUCCUUUGUUUAUAAAAAAAAUAUUUUCUGGAAAAGGAUUUCGGCAAAAUCAUAUUUACGGUUCGACAUACUUGACACUUGCUGCAAGGUAGCUUUUCGAUUAGAUUAGCAUGGGCAGUACUUUUUCUUCCCCUCAAAGAACACAAUUUUAUUUAUUAAUACGUUUAUUAAAAAAUUCCUCAUGAAAAUCAUGCCUAAAUCGGAAGCGGUUUAGAAGAAACGCGUGACACAAAUUGGAGGUAACAAAGCGCCAAUUAUUUAUAAUAUGCAAAUAUAAUACGUUUGUAAUGACCUUUAAUAAAUCACACGGUGAAACAUUUAAUAAAAUUGAUGAUAUGCUGAGGCGACCUAUUUUUUCACGUGGACAGUUGUAUUAGGUCAAGUAAGAGGUUCGUUCGGUUUUUUAUUGAUUUUCCAAAAUAUGAUAACUUU